AUGGCUUUGGUUGGAGAGGCUAUUCUAUCUGCCUCCGUGCAGGUGCUGUUUGACAAGAUUGGUUCCAGCGAGUUCGUGGACUUGUUCCGGAGAAAGAAACUGGACGAGUCGCUUGUGACGAAACUGGAGAUAACGUUGUUGAGCCUUAAUGCGGUGCUUAAUGACGCGGAGGAGAAGCAAUUCCUGAACAGCUACGUGAAAGAGUGGCUUGAUAAACUUCAAGAUACUGUCUUUGAUGCGGAUGACCUUCUGGAUGAGAUAAAUGCUGAAGUUCUGCGAUGCAAGGUGGAAGCUGAAUAUCGAACCGUCAAAACUCAGGUGUGGAACUUCCUCUCUACUUCUCUUAAUCCUUUUUAUCAAGGCAUGAAUGGUAGGAUUCAAGAGUUGUUUGAUAGAUUAGAACACCUCGCUAAACAAAAGGAUGUGCUUGGCCUCAGAGAAGGUGUUGUUGGGGGGAAGGUUUCUCAAAGAACUCCAACAACUUCCUUGGUGGAUGAAUCUUGUGUGUACGGUAGGGAUGGAGAUAAAGAAAACCUGAUGAACCUCUUGUUAUCUGAUGAAGCAAGCAACAAGGAUGUAUCUGUCAUCACCAUAGUGGGAAUGGGUGGGGUUGGCAAGACAACCCUCGCUCAGCUCCUUUAUAAUGAUGACAAAGUGAAAGAGCAUUUUAAUCUUAGAACUUGGGCUUAUGUUUCGGAAGAUUUCGAUGUUACUAGGGUAACUAAAACUCUACUUGAGUCAGUCAGUUCAAAAGCUUACGAUAAUAAAGACCUGAGUUUUCUUCAAGUUGAGCUAGGACAACAAAUAAAGGGCAAGAAAUUUUUAUUUGUGUUGGAUGACCUUUGGAAUGAGAACUAUGGUGAUUUGAGUGUCUUGCAACGUCCUUUUGCAUCCGGGGCAAGUGGAAGUUGGGUCAUUGUGACAACACGUAAUGAAAGUGUUGCAGCCCGCAUACGCACUGUUCCGAUUCACUUUUUGGAACAGCUGUCCGAUGAGGAUUGUUGGUUGUUACUUUCAAAACAUGCCUUUGAAAAUGGAAACUCGAGUGCACGUCUGGACCUGGAAGAAGUUGGUAAGAAAAUUGCUACUAAGUGCAAUGGUUUACCUUUAGCUGCAGAAACACUUGGAGGCCUCUUGCGUUUCAACACAAAUUAUGAGGAAUGGAAUAGCAUACUAAACAGCAAUAUUUGGGAGCUGCCUCCUGAAAAAUGUAAUACAAUUCCAGCUCUAAGAUUGAGUUACCAUUAUCUCCCAACUCAUUUAAAACGAUGUUUUGCUUAUUGCUCAAUUUUUCCGAAGGGCUAUGAAUUCCGAAAGGAAGAUAUUGUUCUACUUUGGGUGGCAGAAAGUUUAAUUCCACAAGCUGAGAGUGAGAAAAGAAUGGAAGAGCUCACUAAGAAAUACUUUGAUGACUUAUUAUCACGAUCAUUUUUCAAAGAUCAAGAUAUGAGAAAACACUGUUCACAAUGCAUGAUCUCAUCAAUGACUUAG